CUGUGUGCUUGAUUUGCAAGGGAAACCUUUGAAGGAGAACAGCAGGUCAACUAGGUGUGGGUGCAGUGCUAUGAUAAGGCUACUAAGGUCAGAUGACAAUGGAUGGUAUAUAUCUGAGCACAAAGCGGAACAUAAUCACGCUCUUUCGAGCACAUGUGGGGAGAAGAUGCAUUGGAAGUCGCAUAGGCACAUUGACCGUUACACACAAGAUUUGGUGAAGCAACUUAGGCAGAAUAAUGUGAGUCUCGGUAAGGUCUUCAGUAUUGUUGGUAGUUUCUUCGGCUCUGUUGAGAAUGUUCCUUUUACUAAGAGGUCGUUGAAAACACUAUGCCGUAAGAUAAACAAGGAGCAAUCAGAUUCAGAUGCAAGGAAAACGAUGGAAAUCCUUGCAGAAAUGAAGGCAAAUGACCCAGAAUUCAACUAUGCAAUACAAGUUGAUGAGGAAAGUAGGAUAAAAACACUUAUGUGGGUGAACUUGCGAAGCAUAGACCAGUACAUAUGCUUUGGCGAUGCAAUAACAUUUGACACAACUUACAGGACAAACCUCUAUGACAUGCCCUUCGGUUUGUUUGUUGGCGUAAACAACCAUUUCCAGAGGAUAAUUUUCGGUGGUGCCAUGCUUAGAGAUGAGAAGGAGGAUACGUUUAAAUGGGUUUUCAGAGAAUUCGUACGUAUGGUUGGCGGCAAACAUCCCAAGACGAUAUUGACUUACCAGGCACGCUCUAUGGAGUUGGUUAUCAAGGCGGAAUUGCCAAAUACAACUCAUAGAUGGUGUAAAUGGCAUGUACUGGAAAAAGCAAAGGAGUCAAUGGGUUCUCUGUGGGGGAAGAAGAACAGUGAUUUCAAGAAUGACUUCCACAAGCUUGUCCUUCACAUGAUAACAGCGAAGGAGUUUGAGGAUGGAUGGGAUGCAAUGCUGGAAAAGUACUCAUUGAGGAAACAUCCGUACCUGACACAAAUAUAUGAAGUGCGACACAAGUGGGCAAAGCCGUAUUUCAUGGGGUUUUUUUGCGCCAAAAUGACAAGCACCCAGCGCAGCGAGAGUGCUAAUCACCUGCUGAAAGGAUAUGUGCCACCAGGAUGUCCAAUGCAUCUAUUCAUCAGACAGUAUGAGAAGCUCUAGUUCGAAAGGGAAUCUGAGGAAAGCUUCUAGGAGAAGUGCACUGCUCUGGUACACUUUCUCUGCUUCCUAUUCCAGCUAACUCUUCUAUAAAUAUAAUGGUGAAUUGUCAUUUGUGUGAGUGUUGAUGACUGAGUUAAUUUUAUGUUCUAUGCAGAGUGGUGUUCCUUUGAGGCUAAACAUACCAUUUGAGAGGCACGCAAGUAAAAUCUACACAAGAUCAAUGUUUGAACAAUUCAGUGAGGCACUGUACAAGUCUUUUGCACAUGAGGUUGAUGUUAUAGAACAUCAAAAGGUUUACAAGGUAACGCAUCUCGAUGCGGCAGCUCGGGAGAAAUGGAGCAAAGUUGUUUUUAUUGUCAAUGUGGAUGACGAGGCGAGCUUCUUUGAUUGCGAGUGCGGCACGUUUGAGCAUUCUGGAAUGGUUUGUUGCCAUUCUCUGAAGGUGAUGAUUGAGUUUCGUUUGGCGAAAAUACCAGAUAAACACAUUGUUAAGAGAUGGACAAGGGAUGCUAGGGAUAUAUCGCCUGAUCAUUUAGUGUGGUACCAGAAAGACAGGGGCCCACCAGCGUCCGACACUUUUAGGCACAAUCAAAUGUGGAUCAGGGCACUGGAGUGUGUGCGCCUUGGCGACAGCAAUGUGAAGUGUUAUGAUGUGUUUCAUGGCAAUGAUGAAGGAGGUAUAUGCCACGCUGCUGCCACUUAGCCAUGGCAAGGAUGGCAUGGGGCUGGAAGAGAGAGAUGUUGUAGCUAAGAUGGCAAGUGCCACAGCUUGUUCCGGUACAGUUGAACAUGGGAAAACUUUGGUUGAAGACUGUGGAGAUCAAUCAUAUUGUUCCGGCACUGCAGCUGCUAAUUGCAAGCGGGGAUCAGGAAGACCUACUACAAGCAGAGAUAAAGCGCCUUAUGAAGAGAAAAUGAAGAGGUCUCGAUUUUGCAAGAUUUGCCGUAAGGAGGGACAAAAAUGCACCACUUGCCUUGAUCACGACGACAUUCCAAAGGCUCCAAGGAAGGAGCCAAAGUGUACCAAAUGUGGAGUAAUCGGACACCAUAGGAAUGUAUGCGGCAAACCUACUGAUCCAUUCGAGCCAAACUUCCUCUAGGAGAAAAUUUUCAUAAUAAUUGGCUUGAUGCCUAAGGACUUUGUAACCCCAAAAAUUAUAUUGCUUCUAUGCGCUGAUCAUGGACUAGUCGGUCCAUUAAUGUAUCCAUAACAUUUGAUCCUACUAUUUUGAUGCCAAGAAAUCUUCUUUA